GCUGUCUCCCCGGGCCAGUGCGUUCAGCAUCGCCUCUCUCGUUGCAGCCCAGGCAGCGGAGCGCACCGCCCACCAGGGCUCGGGGUCCUCCGACCGGGUGAAGCUUCGCUGGCUGCCAGGGUCCCCGACCGGGAUGCACUUCAGCACGGUCACCAGAGACAUGGAAGGCGGAUGUUCCCCACCUUCCAAGUGAAGCUCUUCGGCAUGGAUCCCAUGGCCGACUAUAUGCUGCUCAUGGACUUUGUGCCGGUGGAUGAUAAGCGCUACCGGUACGCCUUCCACAGCUCCUCUUGGCUGGUGGCAGGGAAGGCUGACCCUGCCACGCCAGGCCGCGUGCACUACCACCCCGACUCGCCUGCCAAGGGCGCACAGUGGAUGAAGCAAAUCGUGUCCUUCGACAAGCUCAAGCUGACCAACAACCUACUGGACGACAACGGCCACAUUAUUCUGAAUUCCAUGCACAGAUACCAGCCCCGCUUCCACGUCGUCUAUGUGGACCCGCGCAAAGAUAGCGAGAAAUAUGCCGAGGAGAACUUUAAAACCUUUGUGUUUGAGGAGACGCGAUUCACGGCAGUCACUGCCUACCAGAACCAUCGGAUCACGCAGCUCAAGAUUGCCAGCAAUCCCUUCGCCAAAGGCUUCCGGGACUGCGACCCUGAGGACUGCCUCGAAGCCAUCGGGGCCCCCUCGCCACCCCCCAGCCCCUUGGGCUAUCGAAGUAUCCCGGUUCCCCAGUCCCUGGAGCCACCGCGGGUCCUUCCCCGGCCCCGAGGGCCACGGGGUCCCCGCCCGCCAGUGCCAAAGCGCCCGGUCGCAGGCGGAAGGAAAUGCUUGUGCUUUUCCAUGGAAAUUGGGAAGAAGGGUCAUGACAGACACUGCCGGUCGCUGCUGGGAGCGGGAGAAGCCUCUGACCGGGAUGGGAUCAUGGAAAGACAAAAACAGGCAGCACUGUUCUGCUACCAUUUCCCCUGCCGGCCCAGGCCCGCCUGUUCCCUGCUUAUUGACUUUAUUUGCUGGAUGGGGCAAGAGGAACUCUUUGAUCCCUCCCUUCCUGAGCGCAAGCAGGAAGGGCUGACAGCCGUCCUCAACCAGUGCCCGGUGAUUGCCUGCCCGCCGAGGGCGCUGUCUGGCCAAUGCCCCAGCCAUUGCCGUGCCGUUCCUGGCCGUUCCUGUGGAGCUGACAUUCCUGUUCCUCGUCGAGCACACCUGCCCUGCCCCUUCUAUACGCUACUGUGCUGGGCACAUGUGCCCCUUUGUCGAAGGGAUGAUGGGCACCCCACUGCUCAGAGGGGCUUCUCACCCAGGAAACCAUUGGAGGUGCAGAGGCAGGAGCACCCUGGGACUUGGCUGUGGGACAAGGCGAGACUGUUUGGUGGCACCUUGAGCUCCGGAGGAAGACAAGACCCUGGCCUGGUGGAAGUGUGCCGCAGAUCAAAGCACCCGCAUACCAGAGAAUUCCACGUGGCCACAGCUGCCGAGGGCAGAGGCAGCCUCACCUCUCGCUGGUGGAGGGAGAGUGGGUCCGCAAGCAUCUGCACCAUCCUGCCCCUCCUCCUCGCCAAGCUCCUUCACCCCCCUCCCCACCGAAGGAGCAUCCUGCAGAGCCCCGCCAAGGAGCAGGCUGGUGGGAUUCCUGCACUCGAGUGCUGCUGGGGCUGCAGGCGAGGCCUGGGCUACACAGGAAGCCCGGGCACCGCAGAGUGGCUGCUAGCUGGUGGCAUUGUUCCUCUGCGGAUUCGGAGCUGUGACUGCAGGAUGGAGCCCCAGGCAUCUCGGCACCCUGAUGCGGUCAUUGCCAGGAGGGGAGUGGUCUCAGGAGACACAGGUGGGAAACACCUGAUUGAACAUCAUUGCCUGGGGAGUGGAGACACGCACAGCACGUCAACACGGAGCGCCCAGCAGCGGCGGCGGGUCCUGGGCUGUACUCUGGAGCCCUUCCUGGGAUCAUCUCCCGGCAUCGGCUGA